AAUGUCCGCUUCCAUGUGGACAUCACUUGUGCCACACCUCCGGCCGACACCACCAAUGGAUCGCUCGACAAGCCUACAGACAAACCCACUAUUUAUUGCAUUACAUUCACAUUGAUUUCGGGUCCGUUGCGUCGAUUCAAGCGUAUCUGCGAUCACAUUCAGGCACAGGUGUUGGGCAGUCGGAGGGCCGGCGGUCAGCACUCGCCGCGAAUGGGUCGGCGGCCGACCCGCGAGUUGAGUGACACGAGUUCUUGCGGUUCGUGCGGUUCGGACAGCCUAUCGCCGACACCGACACGACUGCACGUCAGCGAAGACACCGUGAGUUUGGCGGCGGCUGUGGUCAACACGAGCACAACUAACCUGACGGGUGCGCUGUCCCGGUGUAAGUCAGAUCAGGACGCGGCCAAAGACAUCUUCGAGAGAGAGGCCAAACUGAUGAAUGAGAGACGACAAGAGAGCGUUCGUCUCAUCGCUAAUCUCACAAACGGAAGGCGUCUUAGUUUAGAGCCCAAACUUCAAACCGACAAAGUAUGAGAUGAUUAGCCAUUUAUUGGUUCAAUUGAUUCGCCAACUGAUUUGGGAUUCACUCUCUCACUCAUCUCAAUAAAUAUAUAUUAAAUACAAAUAUUAACACAAUUUUGUGCAUCGAUUGGUUCAUUGAAAAGACAAUUCAAUUGUUUGAUUGAAUAUUGGUUUUGUAUAAUCGAAAUGUUUUUUACAUCAAUUAAAAAGUGCAAUACAUAUAUGUGUUUGAAAUUAAAUGUUUGAAACAAAGGCCAACCGAAUGGAUAUUAUGUACUAUUUGUGUAAUUAAUUCACAUAAGAAUCGAAAACUUUAUAAUUAAAAUCAAUUGAGGAUUAAAACUAUGAGUGAAAAUCAGUGAAAAUAAAUGCCAAAAACAAACCAAACGAACAGAAUAUUCAAUGAAUUAAUGAAAAAUAUUCACAAAUGAAUA